CCCGUUCUUCGUGAGCAGUUUCUCCGCCUCUGCAUGAAUGUGACGACGGUGCUGUGCUGUCGCAUGACGCCCCUCCAGAAAGCAGCGGUGGUGCGUCUUGUGAAUCGUGGCCUGGAUGGUGUCGGUGGCGGUGGACCCCCCGUGACUGCCGCUGUUGGUGACGGCGGAAACGACGUUGCAAUGCUGCAGGAAGCCAGUGUGGGCAUCGGUAUUUUCGGUAAUGAAGGGCGACAGGCUGUGCGCGCUUCAGACUACGCAGUUCCACUUUUCAAGUAG